AUGCCGUUCUUCGGAAACUCCCGUCAUGCCACUCAGCCCGAGCCGGUGCCAGAGCCUGCGCCUCGUAAGGGUCUCUUCCACCGCAGUGAGCCCGAGCCGGCUCCCAUCACCCACGAGCCUCCCAAGAAGCAUGGCCUGUUCAACCGCCGCGGAUCUUCCCCCUCGCCUCCUCCUGCUGCUGGCCGUCACUCCAUGUCCAGCCGGUCCAGCAUGUCCUCGUCCGGCCGCCACUCCAUGAACCACAGCCGUCACUCCAAGACCAACAGUGGCCUGUUGAGCAAGUUUGGUCGCGACUCCAACGUCGACCCCAGUAUCGUCAACGCGCGGGAGCAGGUGGAGAGUGCCGAGCAGGCCGAGAUUGAAGCUGACCGCGCACUCGAAGCCGCCAGGCUGAGGGUCAGGGACGCAAGGGCGCAGGUGAAGAUUCUCGAGGAGGAAGCCAGGGAGGACGCCAGAAGAGCCAAGGUGAAGCAGCAUCAUGCAAAGGACAUUUCGAAGCGCGGAAAGGGCCUUGGACGCCACGGUUAA